AUGUUUAGCACCAGUGCUAAGAUUGUGAAGCCUAAUGGCGAAAAACCAGACGAGUUUGAGUCCGGGAUUUCCCAGGCUCUGCUCGAACUGGAGAUGAACUCGGAUCUCAAAGCUCAGUUGAGGGAACUCAACAUCACGGCAGCGAAGGAGAUCGAGGUGUCCGCCAGCAAGAAGGCCAUCAUCAUCUUUGUUCCCGUGCCACAACUUAAGUCGUUCCAGAAGAUUCAAGUGCGUCUGGUCAGGGAGCUGGAGAAGAAGUUCAGCGGGAAGCACGUGGUCUUCAUCGCACAGAGGCGAAUUCUUCCCAAACCCACCAGGAAAAGCCGCACGAAGAACAAGCAGAAGCGACCCAGAAGCCGCACGCUGACGGCGGUCCACGACGCCAUCUUGGAGGACUUGGUGUUCCCCAGUGAGAUCGUGGGCAAGAGAAUCCGCGUCAAGCUGGACAGCAGCCGCCUCAUCAAGGUCCAUCUGGACAAGGCGCAGCAAAACAACGUGGAACACAAAGUGGAAACUUUCUCCGGCGUCUACAAGAAGCUGACAGGCAAAGAAGUGGUGUUUGAAUUCCCCGAGUACCAACUCUAA